AUGGCGAGCUCCGCGACCAGCAAUGUCUACAUCCACGUGAUCGAGGACGUCAUCAACAAGGUCCGCGAUGAGUUCAUCAACAACGGCGGCCCGGGCGAGAGCGUGCUCAACGAGCUUCAAGGAUUAUGGGAACUGAAGAUGAUGCAAGCUGGAGCAAUCUUGGGUCCCAUUGAUAGGUCUGCGAUGCAGAAGGGUGCGGCGGGUGGUCCAAUCACGCCUAAUCCCGUGCAUGACCUCAACGUACCGUAUGAGGGCACGGAGGAGUAUGAGACUCCCACUGCUGAUAUGCUCUUUCCUCCGACUCCUCUGCAGACCCCUAUGCAAACGCCUUUGCCCGGACCUGCGCAGACGCCGUUGCCUGGGACAGCGCAGACACCACUGCCUGGAACCGCUCAAACUCCUCUCCCAGGAAGUGAUAGUGGUUCUUUGUACAAUAUUCCAACUGGUGGUACCCCAAUCACCCCUAAUGAGUAUACAUCUACUAAUGAAAAUGGUGGUGUCCCUGAGAUGAAAGUUGGGACAGGACGACCUAGUCCUUUUAUGCAGCCACCUUCACCUUGGCUAAAUCAAAGGCCUUCUCUUGAUGUGAAUGUUGCAUAUGUGGAAGGUCGGGAAGAGGGUGAGCGGGCAGCACCUAAUCAGCCAGCAACUCAGGAAUUCUUUAUGCCUUUUGGAAAGAGAAAACGAGAUGAUAUCCCUCCGCAAUACCAUGCUGGUGGGUACAUCCCCCAGCAAGAUGGAGCUGGUGACAUUUUGCCAGAUGAAUUGAAGGUGACCCAAGGGGAUGACCAGCAAAUGUUUGGUCAAGCGGGGACACUGUCUUCUAGAAUACCUCAGUUGGAUGGCCCAAUACCUGAUCCAUAUGAUGACGUGCUUUCAACACCCAAUAUAUACAAUUAUCAAGGAGUUGUCAAUGAAGAUUACAAUAUAGUGAACACGCCUGUGCCAAAUGAGAUGCUAGCAGCAACUCCAGCUCCUGUACAGAAUGAAAUUGGGGAUGAUGAUGAAGAUGAACCCUUGAAUGAAAAUGAUGAUGAUGAUUUGGAUGAUGGAGACCAAGGCGAGGAUCUGAAUACGUCACAUUUGGUUCUGGCUCAAUUCGAUAAGGUGACAAGAACCAAGAGCAGGUGGAAGUGCACAUUGAAGGAUGGCAUUAUGCACAUAAAUAACAAAGACAUUCUGUUCAACAAGGCAACCGGAGAAUUUGACUUCUGA